UAUACACUGAGAAGACUCUCUCUCAGCUGCGGUUUGGACUUUGGAGUCACUGAGGCUGAGGCGGGGAAAGCUGUUUUUCUCACUUCCCAGAGCCUGCAAUGGAGGCGCCGCCAUUUGCUUCUUCUACCAAAACGCUGUCGUUUCGAUCAUCGUCCCCCUCGUCUCUUCUAUUUUUUCGCAAAAAUCGCCUCAGUUUCAGACCUUCCAGAAACUUCUGCGUCCGUGCCUCCUCUCCCGGUGACUCCGUGGUGACUCUGCUUGACUACGGUGCCGGCAAUGUUCGUAGUGUGAGGAAUGCUAUUCGCCACCUCGGCUUCGACGUUAAAGAUGUUCAAACUCCAGAAGACAUUCUCAACGCCAACCGCCUAGUUUUUCCUGGAGUGGGGGCUUUUGCUGCGGCCAUGGAUGUGCUGAAUAAGAAUGGGAUGGCUGAAGCACUCUGUUCAUAUAUUGAGAAGGACCGACCAUUUCUAGGCAUUUGUCUGGGUCUUCAGCUCCUUUUUGAAUCCAGUGAAGAGAAAGGACCGGUGAAAGGUCUUGGCUUGAUACCGGGAGUGGUUGGGCGUUUUGAUUCAUCAAAUGGUUUCAGAGUUCCACACAUUGGAUGGAAUGCUUUGCAGAUUAGAAAGGACUCAUUAAUUUUGGAUGAUGUUGGAAGCAAUCAUGUCUAUUUUGUUCAUUCUUACAGAGCCAUGCCCUCAGAUGAAAACAAAGAAUGGGUUUCAUCUACUUGCAACUAUGGUGACAAUUUUAUUGCGUCCGUUAGAAGGGGAAAUGUUCAUGCAGUUCAAUUUCACCCGGAAAAGAGUGGAGAUGUUGGUCUUUCAAUAUUGAGAAGAUUUUUGUAUCCAAAGGGACAGUUGACAAAGAAGCCCACUGAAAGGAAGGCUUUGAAACUUGCAAAGAGGGUGAUUGCUUGUCUUGAUGUGAGGACGAAUGACAAAGGAGAUCUUGUUGUAACCAAAGGCGACCAAUACGAUGUAAGAGAGCAUACAAAAGAGAAUGAGGUGAGAGAACUUGGCAAGCCUGUGGAGCUGGCUCGACAGUAUUACAAAGAUGGGGCAGAUGAGGUCAGUUUUUUAAAUAUUACCGGUUUCCGCGACUUCCCUUUGGGCGACUUGCCCAUGUUACAGGUACUGAGAUACACAUCAGAAAAUGUUUUUGUACCAUUAACAGUUGGAGGUGGCAUUAGAGAUUUUACAGAUGCUAAUGGCAGGAAGUAUUCUAGUUUGGAAGUUGCUUCAGAAUAUUUCAGAUGUGGGGCUGAUAAGAUUUCCAUUGGGAGUGAUGCAGUUUAUGCUGCAGAAGAAUAUUUAAGAACUGGAGUAAAAAGUGGAAAUAGUAGCUUAGAGCAGAUAUCUAGAGUUUAUGGAAAUCAGGCUGUGGUUGUAAGCAUUGAUCCUCGCAGAGUGUACCUUAAAAAUCCAGAGGAUGUAGGGUUCAAGACUAUUAGGGUAACAAACCCAGGUCCAAACGGAGAGGAAUUUGCGUGGUAUCAGUGUACAGUUAGCGGUGGCCGAGAAGGCCGACCAAUUGGAGCUUAUGAGCUUGCAAAAGCAGUUGAGGAGCUAGGAGCUGGAGAAAUACUGCUAAACUGCAUUGAUUGUGAUGGUCAAAAGAAGGGAUUUGAUAUAGAUUUAAUAAAGCUGAUCUCAGAUGCUGUGAGCAUUCCCGUGAUUGCUAGUAGUGGUGCUGGUUCUGCUGAACACUUCUCAGAGGUGUUCAGGAAAACAAAUGCAUCUGCUGCCCUUGCUGCGGGCAUUUUCCAUCGGAAGGAGGUGCCUAUUCAAUCUGUAAAGGAGCAUUUGUUAAAUGAAGGCAUAGAAGUCAGAAUCUGAACACAUCAGUUGCUCCAAAAGCUUUCCAACAUGUAGCCAAGAGAGACUUUUUUAUAUCGAAAAGAAAAGGUUGCGAGAGCCGUUAAAUUCAUCAGUUCAGUACUGCUGAAUCGCAUUGAUUUUGUGGCAAAAAAUGAUUCUAAAAUUCUUUCAAGUUAUUUAAACGGGAUAACCUUAAAUUUAUGGCCCUAGGCAGAGCUUAUAGAUUGCAGUUGUUUGCUUUCCUGUAUUUGACUGUAUGAUGUAACAUAUUGCUUGGCAACUGAGAUUUUCACAUUUAGUUGGUUCAACCUUGAUAAUAAUUUCUUGCCAAUUUUCCAUC